CGAGGGAGAGAAAUGGCACACACGCUGUCAGCAGGUUCAGACCUAUACAAUAACCGCUCAGUGCACUUUUCCGCUUUAUUUGUCUACACUGCCCACUGCUCGGACCAAAAAUCACACAGUCCGUGACUCCGUGGCCCACAGGUGAUAAACAUCUACUGCACACUGAGCGCUUACUGCAGCUCCAGGGUCUCUUAGUUGUAAUUCAAUGCGUUAGAAUGAAAGGCGAGAGGUCAGCAGACUAUGUGGGAUGACAGCUAAAAAGAGCGGGUGUUGGACUAACCAGGGGAGCCUUCGGGCUGCCGAUUCAGGAGCGACUGACCUCCGUGUUCUUUCUUGUUGUCCUAUUGCACUGAGAGACAUUUCCUCAAGACAUGCAAAUACUUGGUCUUGCAGUAAUUUUAGCAUCAGUUCUAAAAGCCUGUCUCAACACCAGUACCCCCUACAAACCACAUGUUCAGAUCGGCGAGGUACAGGUGCAGAUUGGGGGUACGGUGAUCCUGCCCUGCAACAGCUCAGCCUACAGCAGAGGGGAACUGGAUGUGCACUGGGAGGCUAUGGGCAAAGAUGUAGCCUUCUUCCAGAAUGGCCACCUUUUGGCUGGACAGGGGUACGAGGGCCGUGUAGAGCUCCAGUUAUCAAAGGCUUUGGAGGGGGACUUCUCCUUGACUCUAACAAAUGCAGUGAUGAGUGACACAGACCUGUAUGAGUGUCUGUGGCAGGGCAAGAGGAGCAUAUCCACUGUAAUACUGAAUGUCUUACCCCCACCGUUUUCUGAACUGCAUACCUCUGUGACAGAGGGUGAGGACGUCACACUGCCCUGCUAUGGUAGAAUACCAAAAAAUAAACCUUGGGAGAAAAUGUUUGUUCAGUGGUUAAAGGAUGAAAAGGAAGUCCUGCUAUUCAGCUCUGGCAAGAUCACUACAAACACUGGCUACAGGGGCCUGGCAUUACCACCCCAAGAGGAAAUCAGUUGGGGCAUCUAUUCACUGACAAUUGAGUCAGUAAGAGCCUCGGACCAGGGUAUCUACAAAUGCCGCUACAAGGCCAAUGAUUAUGAAGCUCCACGAAGCGGAGUUCCUGAAACAUACAGCCUCAGUGUUUUAGAACCUGAUGCUACAGUGGAAGAAGCCAGUGAUGUUACUGAGAUGACCAGUUUUAGCACAAGUACAGAGCUUACUGGAUUAAUUGUUGGUGCCAGUGAAGACAACAAUACGGUGCAGGACACCACAAGAGUGAUCCCAGAGCUACUGCCACAGCUGAACACCACUACUGACACUACAGUGUUAAUUGCUGAUGCCGCUACUCAGCAGGACACCAUGGAAGUGAUCCCAGAGCUACUGCCACAGCCGAACACCACUACAGACACUACAGUGUUAAUUGCUGAUGCCAGUGCUGACAGCACUACUGUGCAAGAUACUGUGGGAGGAGUCUUACAGAUGCAGCCACAGCCGAGCACGACUAGCGACCUUUUCGGGUUACUUGCCAAAUCCAGUGCCGACAGUACUACCAGGCAGGACACUAUGGAAGUGAUCCCAGAGCUACUGCCACAGCCGAACACCACUACAGACACUACAGUGUUAAUUGCUGAUGCCAGUGCUGACAGCACUACUGUGCAAGAUACUGUGGGAGGAGUCUUACAGAUGCAGCCACAGCCGAGCACGACUAGCGACCUUUUUGGGUUACUUGCCAAAUCCAGUGCCGAGAGUGGUACUGGGCAGGACACCAUGGAAGUGAUCCCAGAGCUACCGUGGCAGCCAAGCACAACUGCUGACUUCAAUAAGUUAAUUGCUGAUUCCAGUGGCGAAAGUACUACAGUGCAGGAUGCUGUGGGAGGUGAUGAAGAUCCAUUUGAAUACCUUUGGGCUGAGAAGGUACCGUGGGUUCGCAUUGGGAUGAUCAGUGUUGUACUGCUGGUCACUGCAGCAUUCUUGGGCACACUAGUGGCACUAGGAAAGCUUUGACUGAGGAUUAAGCAGCACCUUAGUUCUUUCUAAUUUUAUAUUUUCAUAUAUUUUAUUCAUCUUGUUUUGCAACACUUCUAUUUUCAAAGUAUGUCUGCCUGUAUUGCACACCUCACAGACCUUGUUUAUAACUUAUUAAGAUGAAACAGCCAAAUUACUUCCAUAAUCAGAACUGUUGAACCUACAUCCUGAGGUUGGUGCUACAUUUUAUCUCAGGUAAUUACUUGCAAUAUGGACACCUAAAAUUAAUUAGCAGUAUUUUUUUUUAAAUCAAUGCAUUUAGGGUCAACUGUGCUAUCACCUAUAACACGUAGCAGAUAUGUAUGUAACUUAUGGAUAGAAUGUCAUACAUUUAUUUACGUUUAUGAUCAUAGUUAAUGGUGGCGUAAAUUAGAAUUACUAAAAUUGUCUGUUCCUUCAUGAAAAAUAAAUUGCAUGUGCUUCAAUAUACAAAUAUUCAAAUAUACAAAUAUUCAUCUUCAUAUCAAAACCUGAAGGUUGUUGGGAUUUAGGUCCCAGUGAGUACUUUUAAUAAACUUAGAAAAUAUUUUUU